CGGGUAUGGGCGGCGGUGGCGGCGGAGGGCGGUGAAGCCGCCGAGAUGUGGCUGAAGCCCGAGGAGGUGUUGCUGAAAAAUGCCCUCAAGCUAUGGGUGCUGGAGCGCUCCAACCAGUACUUCGUGCUGCAGAGGCGGCGGGGUUACGGCGAGGAGGGCGGUGGCGGGCUGGCAGUAUGCAUUUCACAGCUUUAGUUUUACCAGGCUGCGUGUGCUUUCUUCAGGUCUUCUCGUGGGAACCCUAGAUGCAGUAUUGGAUUCUACAUCAAAAGUGGCCCCAUUUCGCAUCCUGCAUCAGACACCGGACUCACAGGUCUACUGGUCCAUUGCGUGUGGAGCCAGUAGAGAAGAGAUAACAGAACACUGGGACUGGUUAGAACACAAUGUCAUGAACAUUUUAUCGGUGUUUGAUUCAAAUGAAGAUAUUACAAGCUUUGUCCAGGGAAAGAUAAGAGGUUUGAUUGCUGAGGAAGGAAAAGGUUCUUUUACAAAAGAAGAAGAUCCCGAGAAGUUUCGUGAAGGUCUUAUGAAGUUUGAGAGGUGCUUUGGAUUACCAGAGCAGGAGAAGUUGGUUACCUAUUACUCAUGCAGCUACUGGAAGGGCCGGGUGCCUUGUCAAGGAUGGCUUUAUCUUAGUACCAACUUCCUGAGCUUUUACUCAUUUUUGCUGGGAGCAGAAAUAAAGCUUAUUAUCUCCUGGGAUGCAAUAUCAAAACUUGAGAAGACUUCCAAUGUUAUUCUGACAGAGAGCAUUCAUGUCUGCUCCCAUGGGGAAGAUCACUAUUUUUCCAUGUUUUUGCACAUUAAUGAAACAUUCCUUCUCAUGGAGCAGCUGGCAAACUAUGCUGUUAGGAGGCUUUUUGAUAAGGAGACAUUUGAAAAUGACCUAGUCCUGCAUGACCCCCUGCAGAUCACCAAGAGAGGCCUGGAGAGCCGAGCCCACAGCCAGCAGUUCAGUGCAUUCUUCAGGCUACCCAAAGAAGAGACUUUGAAGGAAGUUCACGAGUGCUUCUUAUGGGUUCCUUUCACUCAUUACAAUGCCCAUGGGAAAAUGUGCAUUUCAGAAAACUACAUCUGCUUUGCUAGCCAGGAUGGCAGCCUGUGCAGUGUAAUCAUUCCAUUAAGAGAGGUGAUAGGUGUGGAUAAGGCUGACCCAGCCAACAGAGGAGUCAACAUUAGUACCAAAGGAAAAAGAGCUUUUCGUUUCACUGAAGUUAGGGAUUUUGAACAGCUUGUCACAAAGCUCAGAAUCAAAUGCAAUGCAACUUCAAGUCCACAGCAUAUAAAUACAGAGGUUGCAGGUAGUUCUGCUUCUGACAGUCCAAAGGAUUUUGAUGAGAUGCCAUCAAAGAUAGAUCUGAGGGAUAACACCAAAACUGUCAGUACAGAAGCCCUAAUGACUGUCUACCAUCCUCAGGAUGCCGAGAAUCUAGACCCUAAAAUGUUGAAAGAAAAAAUGAAAGAACAGUCCUGGAAUAUCCUUUUUUUUGAACGAGGUCAUGGUGUCAGCAUGUUUCGAACAAAGAAGACUCGAGAUUUAGUUGUAAGAGGGAUCCCAGAGGCCUUAAGAGGAGAGCUCUGGCUGCUCUUCUCAGGUGCUGUCAACGACAUGGCCUCCAGCCCUGGUUAUUACACUGAGUUGGUGGAGAGGUCCUUGGGAACAUGCACUUUAGCUACUGAUGAAAUCGAACGGGAUCUGCGUCGCUCCUUACCUGAGCAUCCUGCCUUUCAAAGCGACACAGGAAUCUCUGCCCUCCGGAGAGUUCUUACAGCUUAUGCAUACAGGAAUCCUCAGAUUGGAUACUGUCAGGCAAUGAACAUACUGACAUCAGUACUUCUGCUGUAUGCUAAGGAGGAGGAAGCGUUCUGGCUGCUGGUUGCUGUGUGUGAAAGGAUGCUACCUGAUUAUUUCAAUCGUCGAAUCAUUGGUGCCUUGGUAGAUCAGGCAGUGUUUGAGGAGCUCAUCAGAGUUCAUCUGCCUCAGUUGACAGACCACAUGAUGGGCAUGACUUUUUUCUCCUCGGUCUCUCUCUCCUGGUUCCUUACCCUUUUUAUCAGUGUGCUGCCUAUUGAAAGUGCAGUCAAUGUGGUGGACUGUUUCUUCUAUGAUGGAAUAAAGGCAAUCUUGCAGCUGGGACUUGCAGUGCUGGACUACAACAUGGAUAAGUUGCUGACUUGUAAGGAUGAUGCAGAAGCAGUGACUGUUCUCAACAGGUUUUUUGACAGCGUCACCAACAAAGACAGUCCUUUGCCUCCAGCUGUGCAGCAGGGCUCCAACCUCAGUGAUGCAAAGGGUGAUCACCCAAAAGUGGACAUUACUGACUUGAUCCGAGAGUCAAAUGAAAGAUAUGGAGAUAUUCGGUAUGAAGAUGUUGAGAGCAUGCGCUGCAGAAACAGGCUUUAUGUGAUCCAGACAUUAGAAGCCACAACCAAGCAGAAUGUGCUUCGUGUUGUGUCUCAGGAUGUAAAAUUCAGUCCUAAUGAUCUUGACGAGCUUUAUGAAUUAUUCAAGAGGGAACACUUUCUUUCCUGCUAUUGGAAUGUAAAUAGUCCUGUUUUAGAACACCACGAUGCCAGCCUGCCGUAUCUGGAGCAGUAUCGAAUUGAUUGCCAGCAAUUCAGGGUUCUUUGCCAUCUCCUGAGCCCCUGGUCGCACUGUGCAAACAGAGACUCCAUUGCAUUGUGGACAUUCAGACUGAUGGAUGAGAACUGCCAUGGCCUUAUCAACUUCAAACAAUUUUCCUGUGUGCUUGAUACCAUGUAUAAUGGAAGUUUCACUGACAAACUCAAGCUUCUUUUUAAGUUGCACAUCCCUCCAGCUUUUACUGAAGUGGAAUCUCUAAGCCCUUCCAAAGGCGUUGAUCUUUCAAAAGAAGAACUGAUCCACUUCAGUCAACUCAGUGUUUCAUCUGCUGGGGAUAAUCUUGAAAGUGAUGCUUUGAAGAGCAGCCCAGAAAAAGGGAAGGGCAAGGUUGAUAUUCAGGCCUAUCUGAAGCAAUGGCAAGAUGAACUUCUUAAAAAAGAAGAAAGCAUUAAGGAUUUGCCAAGAAUGAAUCAGUCUCAGUUCAUCCAGUUCUCAAAAACUCUGUACAAUCUAUUCCACGGAGAUCCUGAGGAGGAACUGUUGUACCGCGCCAUAGCAGUGGUUACCAGUCUCCUGCUGAAGAUGGAAGAAGUUGGGAGAAGGCUUCAGAGUCCCACAUCACCAGUCAGAAGUCUGGCUGCCACAACAGAGGUGACUGCUGAAAGCCCCCAGAAGGGACGGGAGGAGGGCAGCUCUGAGCAGACCGGAGGCAGUGGAGCGCAGAGUCUGCGAAAGGGCCACGAAUGGUCUUUUGCCUUUGAGCAGAUUCUGGCAUCCUUACUGAACGAGCCAGCCUUUGUGAGAUUUUUUGAGAAACCUCAUGAGAUAAAAGCUAGAAUAGAGAGCGCUAAAAAUUUACAACUUCAAGCAAGAACUAGAGUGUAAUUUACUUUGACUCUGAAUGAAGUACACAGAGCACUGGCAGAUGAAGGUGGUUACUACGGAAAUUGAGUACGUUGUUUACACAGGGAAUGGGGUUUGAAGAUUUAGCUUUAAAUGUCAGAUUACUCGUAUGCUUUCAUGUAAAUAAAAAUAGUUUGAAGCACAA